UGAGGCUACUUAACGGUUUUGUUAACGGAAUUUAACACAAAUCGUUAAGUGGUGGGAGUUUUAAUAAAAUUGGAAAUGGUAGGUGGAAAUUUAUAAAAAAAAUUCAUUAAGGUGGGAGUUUCUAAAAACGUGAAAAGUCUAGGUGGUUUUGAACAAAAAAAAUCCUAUAAUUAAACUAGUAAAACCAUGCCAAAAAAAAUAAAUUGUCAAACUAAUUUAUAACAAAUGAAAAUGAAAAAUAUUUAAAUUAUUUUAAAAUAGACGAAGUACCAUAAAUGUAAUGUAAUCUUUUACUUGUUUUGGGUGAAACAUGAUGCUUUAAGUACCUUCCCCCUCACGUCAAAAAAAAAAAACCUUCCUUUAGCUUAUCUCCACAUACCACCAAAUCGCAACAGCAAAGACAAUUCUUUUUGUUUUUCCACUUAUAGUUGAUGGGGUUCUACAUCUUAGUACUUCUCUUCCCUUCUCUUUAUUUCCUCUUCCACUUCCUAAAAUGGGUCUGCAUAAAAAGACACCAAGAUUGCUACAUACUAGGCUAUGAAUGCUUCAAACCCAGUAAUGACAGAAAAUUAAGUACCAAAUUAUCAGGUACGAUCAUAUGUCGAAAUGAAAAUUUGGGCUUAGACACCUACAAGUUCCUUCUCAAGGCUGUCGUUGGUGCGGGCCUUGGAGAGGAAACUUAUGCUCCAAGAAGCAUCCUCAUGGGGCGCGAAGAAAGACCAAACCUUGAUGACACCCUCAAUGAGAUGGAUGAAUUUUUUCAAGAUAGUAUUGCAAAACUCUUUUCCAAAUCUAACAUUUCUCCACAAGAUAUUGACAUAUUAGUUGUUAAUGUGUCAAUGUUUGCAUCCACACCAUCUUUGGCCUCAAGAAUAGUGAAUCAUUACAAGAUGAGGGAUGAUAUUAAAGUUUGCAACCUUAGUGGGAUGGGGUGUAGUGCUAGCCUAAUUUCUCUAAGUGUUGUCCAAAAUGUUUUUAAGGUACAAAAAGAUCGUUACGCGUUAAUUGUAACAACCGAAUCCCUAAGCCCUAAUUGGUAUUCUGGUACUGAUCGAUCCAUGAUUUUAUCCAACUCUCUUUUUAGGUCAGGUGGGAGUGCUAUCCUCUUAACUAACAAGUGGUGUCUAAGGAAGAAGGCUAUGUUGAAACUUAAAUGUCUUGUACGUACGCAUCAUGGGGCUAUAAAUGAGUCCUAUGAAUGUUGCAUGCAAGUGGAGGAUUCCGUAGGAAAGCAAGGGGUCCGCCUUCAUAAAGGCCUACCUAAAACCGCCACUAGAUGUUUGGUUGAUAAUCUUAAGAUUUUAGCCCCGAAAAUCUUACCUAUAAGGGAAUUGGUUCGAUUUGCAAUGACAGUUAUAGUUUGGAAAUAUAUUUGGAAACCUUUUAAGCAUAGAUAUACUCGUACAAUGGAAAAAGGUAAUAAACCAGCUAUUAAUUUUAAGACAGGGGUAGAACAUUUUUGCUUUCAUACUGGAGGAAAGGCAGUGAUCGAUGGUUUAGAAGAGAGUCUUAAGUUAGAAGAGUUCGACGUGGAGCCAGCAAGGAUGACUCUCCACCGAUUUGGAAACACAUCAGCGUGUAGCUUGUGGUAUGUUUUGGGGUAUAUGGAGGCCAAAAAGAGGCUAAAAAAAGGAGAUAAGUUGUUGAUGGUUGGUUUUGGGUCAGGUUUUAAAUGUAAUAGUUGUUUGUGGGAAGUAGUAAGGGACUUAGAUGGGAGUCAUAAUGUCUGGAGUGAUUUCAUUACAGACUACCCUCUUAAGAGCUUGGCUAAUCCUUACUUGGAGCUCUUUGGUUGGAUUCAUGAUGAAGAUGUUACUGCUGAGAAGAUUCGCGAGAUAUGCGGCCAAGGAAAGAUUGAUUAUCCUGGAAAAAUUAUUUAAAUUAAUUAUAUACAACCAAAGUCACUUAUUAUCUUAAAUGUGAAACUUUGCAUUCCUAUUUAUCUUAUUCAAUUCUUUCUACUA